GGGAGUCAGGCCUCACUUUCACUCAGGGCUCGCGUCCUCACGGCCGCCUCACCAUGUGCACGGGGAAGUGCUCCCGCUUCGUGGGGCUCUCCCUCAUCCCCCUCUCCCUGGUCUGCAUCGUGGCCAACGCCCUCCUGCUGGUGCCUCAGGGCCAGACCACCUGGACGGACACCACCCACCUCAGUUUGCAAGUCUGGCUCAUGGCGGGCUUCCUCGGGGGAGGCCUGAUGGUGCUGUGUCCCGGCAUCUCAGCGGUUCGCGCAGGGGGCAAGGGCUGCUGCGGUGCGGGCUGCUGCGGAAAUCGCUGCAGGAUGCUGCGCUCUGUCUUCUCCUCGGCAUUCGGGGUGCUGGGGGCCAUCUACUGCCUCUCGGUGUCGGGAGCAGGGCUCCGAAUUGGACCCAAGUGCUUAAUGGACCGCCGCUGGGACUACCACUUCCAGGACACCGAAGGCUCCUACUUGCAGAACCGCACCCUGUGGUAUCUGUGCGAGGAGCCGCCCGGCGUGGUGUCCUGGAACGUGACGCUCUUCUCGCUGCUGGUGGCCGCCUCGUGCCUGGAGAUCGUGCUCUGCGGGGUGCAGCUGGUGAACGCCGCCCUCGGCGUCUUCUGCGGCGACUGCAGGAAGAAGGGCUCCCCCAGCUGAGGCUGCGCUGACCGCUCUGCUCGCUCCUGGACGCCCGCCUGGCCCACCCCGCCCUGGAAAUAAAACUUUGAACUCUC